AACCUUUGCCUACGAAACGUUUUUGACACAGUUUUGACGUACGUCAGAAGUGACAGCAUUAAAUGACGUUAAAUGGUGUUAGAGUUGUAUCUAAAAAAUACUAAAGCGCUCGACCAACAAUCGACUUAAUGUGCGGAAGCACUAUUUGGCAGGACCAGUUUCCGUUUUAUAAAGAAAGGUUAUAUCACCAAUAUUCAUAUAAGUUCCAAAAGGCUUUGGGACAUUUGCUUGCCACAGGAAAACUGAAUAAAAUUAAAUACCAGUUGAUUGUUAAAAACCAUAAAAUGGGUGCUGGGCAAAUUGGAGGAAUAGCCACUUUGGGUAAUUGCUCCAUUAAUAAAAAUAAUAAUAACUUUUUUAGAAGUGUUACAAGGUCAUUAAAUUGUAUGUUUAUUCAUUUUGCAGUGGAUAUGGACUUUAACAAUGCUGCUGGGUUUCUUGGCACACCAGCAGAAGUAACGGAAGGUCAAUAUAUGGUUCACUAUUUAUCACAUGCCAUGAUGUUUUGCAUGGGUGUACUCAUAGAGGCUCACGUUGUUCUCACGCCUGCUACUUGCGUAAUUGGAGAGCGAUAUAAGUUUAAUGUAGUUGGCGGCACGCACAAAUUUUUAGAAAAUGCCGGAGUCUCACGAGGAGUUCAUCAUCUAUGCAUUCAUAAAGGGUACAACACUUCAUUACGAUGGUCAGAUUGUAUGACGGAUAACAUAGCAUUAUUGGUACUCAGUUAUCAGUUUUCAUUUCACCAACCUGAAGAGGGCGCCGAUUUCUUGAUAAAUCGUGUACGAUACGGGGUAACUGCCCCAAGAGACGAAAGUCUUUACACGGACACAUCUUGCAAGUAUUAUGGCUGGGGUAGCAGGAGAAAUGGUUACCUGAUACCACUGCUUAUUGUUCUGCAUCGCAUGAGCGUCCAUUUAUUGCCACGGCAUAAAUGUUUGGCGAUGUUUAACUACCAAGAGAAAUAUCUAUGCAUUCAACAGGGACAUUGUAAGACGCCUAAAUUCGGAGCACUAUGCCCCGAUGACGUAGGCUCCGUCAUUGUAUGUUCUGGCUUUGCGCAAGGAAUGAUGACGUCUCGAUUAGUAGAUCGGCCCUGCGGCGUAGGUUUCUUAGACCUAAGCAAGUACAACAAAUUUUUAACCUGUGGAGUAGACGAUUCUCGAGACGUACUUGACCAUGAUACGCACAUGGAGUAUGACUUUACAACGGUCACCUUUCAUCGCACACCUGCUCUCGCGACCCCAGCCUUAAAUGCAAGUCGAGAAAUCAAAAAUGAACCAAUGUAAGUUUUCUUGUAGUAACUAAUUAUUUUUCGUGUACAUAAAUUUACACUCCGGACUUCAAUUUAAAAGUGGCAUUUUCUACAAAAUAUACUCAAAAUGUUUGA